UAAAAAUGGUUGACACAAAAAGUUGAGAUUGUAGAAGACCUACGUUCCAUUUGUAAUUGAAUUGAACUUUAAAAAAAUAUCGGCCCAUUUUCGAAACCAGAACGAGCCCAAAUAUCAAAAAACCAAACAACACUGAUUCAGGUUUCUUGGGCAUAGAAGAAUGAGCAGCAGUAAUCAGAUUGCCAUGGAUGGUAACACCACCACCACCGCCACCACCAACAACCACACAGAGGACUUCGCAGUAGGUUGCUUGCUCUCCAUCAAGACCACUUUGGGCGACGAGUUCGAAGCCCAAGUCAUCACCUUUGACCGCCACUCCAACAUCCUCGUCCUUCAAGAGGGUUCGAAACCUGGACCUCGUCGAAACAUAAGGCUGUUGAAGGCUAACUAUAUAAAAGAGUUUUCUUUAUUGGGUCAAUCUGAAGACCCACUUGAUAUCAAGAAGUGUUACCUCGAUCUGAAUAGUCUGCAAGCUAGAGAAGAAUCAGCCAUUAGGCAAGCAGAAGCUGACGCAGAGAGAAGAGGUGUAGGUGUAACCAGCGAGGCUCAGAAUAUUUUUGACGCCUUGUCUAAAACGCUUCCAGUGCGUUGGGACAAGACUGUCAUAGUUGUCAUGAAUGCGGUGCGUGUUAGCAGUCCAUAUCUCCCUGAAUCUGUUAGUGGAGGAACUCCUGCCGCCAAUGACCGGGUGAAGAAAGUGCUUGAGUUUGUGAGGAAGAGGUUGCAUGCUGGUGGUGGUGGUCAGUGAUAGUAUCCUAUGGGAGCUUUGAAAUGUUCGUUGUGGGAUGAAACAUGCUGGAUACUUCACUUGUACCAAGCCUUAUCUGAGAGGAACAUGUUAUCUAGUUUCCCAGACAAUUUCAUGCUUGCUUUAAUCAAGGAAUUUCAGGUUUACAUA